GUGUACAAAAUCAACUGAAAAAAUGUUCCUACUUAAAAUAUUGCAGCUUUCAACUUGUAUUUACCUAGUGCUUUUAUGUAAUGGUCUGUCUUCAACACCAAUACCUAAAACGCCAUCUCCUGAAAGCGUCAAUAAAACGACGGAUCCUCCCUCUGGAGCUUCAUUUCAAAUUGAUGUGAAUGAUCCUGAAGUUAAGAAAUUCGCACAACUUGGUCUCAAAGAACAUUCACGGAAUCUACAAAAAUCCUAUGAACUAAUCAGGAUUAUUGGAGCCACUCGACAAAUUGUUGCUGGAGAUAUCUACGAAAUAGAGGUUGAAUUUGGAGAAAGCAAACAAAAUGGGGAGAUCAAAAACUGUAAUAUCAAAGUCUUUUUACCACUUUUUUCGGAAACUCCGGAAAUCACUGUUAAUUGUGCUUUGAAACAUUAAAUUAAUACACUUUAAUUAGACUUUAAUUCCUGCAUAUUAGUAUGUGUAUGGAAAAAAAUAAUUAUAAUAUUUGUCUAAUAAUAUAAACUGCUAUUACUCUGGUCAAAUAAAAAAUUUAUUGAAAUUUUUAU